GGCAGAACAUUAAGGGUGUGUUUUCUUUAUAUCAUGGGGUUCAUAUCCCAUGUAUUUCUUACCAUACUUUUUAUAUGUAUUGGAUUUAGGAACGCCCAAGAAAUAAACCUACAAAGCAAUUACGACGAAGACUCUUUAGAUUAUCAAAAUUUUGAUCCAUAUAGUGAAAACUAUGACUUAGACAAAGUUUCAGAGGACGAUGAUUUUGAACUAAGUGACGGUGAUACCGAACUAAGUGGUGAUAACGGUGGUGGUGUUAAUUUUCAACAAAGUGAUAACGAUAAUGAGGGUAACAAUGACGACGCUUUGGACAUGGAUUACAUGAGUAACAACAACAAAGACAAUGAAUAUUCCAUGGGACAAGAUACAGGUGAUGUGAAUAAUUUCUUUCAGAAUUCUGAGAACGAGGGCUUUAACUUCGGAAAUCCUGGGAAUGAGGGCUUCAACUUUGGAAAACCCGAAGACGAAGGCUUUAAUUUUGAAAAUCCCGAGGACGAAGGUUUUAACUUUGAAAAUCCCGAUUAUGAAGGCUCUAAUUUUGGAAAUCCCGAGGACGAAGGUUUUAGCUUUGAAAAUCCCGAGUAUGAAGGCUCUAAUUUUGGAAAUCCCGAGGACGAAGGUUUUAACUUUGAAAAUCCCGAGUAUGAAGGCUCUAAUUUUGGAAAUCCCGGGAAUGGCUUUAACUUUAGAAAUCUCGAGAACGAAGGCUUUAACUUUAGGAAUCCUAACAAAAGAAAUCCAUUUAUGCAAAAUGUUAACCUUAAUUUUAAUCGACGCAAGCAAGGCUUCGAUCCUAUGAAUGAAUAUUUUAAUUUUGAGACAAAUGACUAUCCAGAUGAGAACUACCCAGUAAAAAAUAAUCCAUACCGUCAAAAUCACUUCCCAGGAGGAAAUCAUCGAAAUGGAAAUAAUCGUAAUGGUCGAAAUAAUUACCCAGGAAGGAACAAACAAAAUGGCCAUGAUAACUAUAAUCAAAUGACUUACCGUAAAAUGAAUGGUCCAAAUGGAAACAAUUUUCCUGGAAAUCCUCGUAGAAAUAAACCAAAUGGAAGGAAUCCUAACGGUCCGGGGAAAAAUAAACCUUAUGGUCAAAUUCUUCAUCCCGGUAAAAAUAAUAGAAAUGGUAUGAAGCCCCAUGGAAAGAAUAAUGUUGAUAUAGAAAAAAUUGCUCAUGUUGAAACAUAUUAUCCAGUUGGAAGUGAUCCACGUUCGGUUUCAAUGGUCAUCAACGAACCAGUGGUGAUCCGCAAACAAAUUCCGGUCAAGGAGGAAGUCAGUAGACAAUUUCCCGAAGAUCCGUAUGAGUUUGAUGAAAUGAAUGUGAAAUUCCGAGAUAUUUUUGUGACUAAUAUACUUAGUGAUCCUAAUUUCGGAACUAGGGCUCGGACAGAUUUUAAGCAAGUAACUCACGUCAUGCUUAAAGCUAUCAGCCUGCUACAAACAGCAGAAACUGAUCCUAGUCAGAAAGAUGUCUUAAUGGUUUCAUUCGCAGCUACGAUAUCAGAGUUAAUUAUAGUUGAAUGCGAUGACUCUGUUACACUUGACAGGAAAGUGCAAAUCGUAACAAGAGCUUUAAGAAAUGCCUAUUUAGAAACAACUGGAAAACCCAAUGAACCGUUGAUUAGGGAGGUUAAGUUAAUUAUAGGUAUUUUGCUGGAGGAAGAGGAACACCCUAUAAAAAGAUUACUUCCGAAUGUUUUCCCAAAAAGAGGACCAGAAGAAACCCUAAUUCCUAGAAGAGGAACGCAAAUAUUCCAGAAUUUCCCGACAAACAUAAUUCAGAUCCAAGCAUUUCUACCAGGAUUCCAAGAACAAUAUCCUUUACAUCACCAUUAUGUUAAAAAAUUCCCAACUCUAACUCAUUUCAUCAAUAAAGGGAAGGCUCCACCAGAAAAACAUAAGCAAUGUUUGUAUGAGUUAAUAGAAUUUAUUUUGGAACAAUGCAGAAGACAUUAUGAAGAAAAGAAUCCAGGUGUAAGAAUACCUUUAUACACGAGAAAACCGACAGGUUUCGAUAUCUUUAUACAAUCACCUACAACAAGAGCACCGCCAACAGGUUUUGAAAUAUAUUAUUCUCGAGAAACAACCACAACCUUAGCACCGAUUGAUAUUGAGUUCCCACCAGAUACCACUCCCGAAGAACGACGAUAUGUCAUAUUUUUCCUUCGCAGGCAUCCAUACAGAGGACAGAAAAAGAAUUACUACAAAUACAUAAAAUACAUAAUUCGAAAGUAUCGAAAAAAACGUAGAAAAAGUACAACAACAACAACAACUCAGCAGACAACAAAACGGCAGGUGGAAAUUACACUGACUCAACCAUCAACUCAAACAACAACAGCAAAUACAGUUGAAAUUACAUUGCAUGAAAUAACAACAACGAAACGGCCAAUACAGAUAAAUAUUACACAAAUUGAAACAACAGCGCAACCAACUACUGUUACAAUGAAAGAUAAGACUCGAUAUUGCAACAACCAAACAGAACCAACAGCUGUUACUAACUCGGAUGGACAAAUUAUACUACUUAUUCUGCCGCAAGGUCCAGGAGGAACACCUCGCCCUAUAACAGGACCAAAUAAACAAGAGAUAAAAUUCAUCGAAAGUCGUCCAGGAACAACUGCUGGAACAGUAACUAAUAGUGAGGGAGAUAUAGUUGAAAUCAUAUUGCCCAGACACAGCUACACAGACAGUGAGUUAUAUGACCGUUCCUUAGUAUUUGAAAAAAGGACAACCAGUAGAUUAGAAUUUAUCAGGAGAAUAAUUAUACAUGGCACAACCCCGCAUAAAAUACAGGGUCAAGAUGGGGCGGAAAUAAAAAUAAUAUAUUGCAAGCGAGCAAAACCAAAAUUUUUGUUUACUAUAACAGAAAAUGAAACCACGAAAAGAAUUACAACAAAAAAACCAUUCAGUAUAAAUGUCACAAAAGAACCAACGACAGCAAAAAUUACCUACCCAACACUUUAUUUUACGGGUAGAUUAGGAAGUGGGGAAACUACACAUUUUGGACAUUCAGAAGCUCCACCACCCACAACAGAGAAAACAACAACAAAAAGGCCAUUUUCAAUUGCAGUUAGAACAACGACGCAGAAGCCAUUCUCAAUUGCAGUAACAGAAGCAACAACGACUAUGAAGCCAUUUUCAAUAGCAGUAACAGUAACGACGACAAAAAAGCCAUUUUCGAUUGCAGUAACAGAAACAACAACGACUAUGAAGCCAUUUUCAAUAGCAGUAACAGAAACAAGCACGAAACAACCUUUCUCAGUUGCAGUAACAGAAAAAACAACGACAAGGAAACCAUUUUCAAUUUCAGUAACAGAAACGACGACAAAGAAGCCAUUCUCAAUUGCAGUAACAGAAACGACAACGACUAUGGAGACAUUUUCAAUAGCAGUAACAGAAACAAGCCCGAAACGACCUUUCUCAGUUGCAGUAACAGAAAAAACAACGACAAAGAAGCCAUUUUCAAUUUCAGUAAUAGAAACCACGACAAAGAAGCCAUUCUCAAUUGCAGUAACAGAAACAACAACGACUAUGAAGCCAUUUUCAAUAGCAGUAACAGAAACAAGCACGAGACAGCCUUUCUCAGUUGCAGUAACCGAAAAAACAACGACAAGGAAACCAUUUUCAAUUUCAGUAACAGAAACGACGACAAAGAAGCCAUUCUCAAUUGCAGUAACAGAAACAACAACGACGGAGAGGCCAUUCUCAAUUGCAAUAACAGAAACAACAACGACUACAGCCAAACCAUUUGAAAUUAGAACGACUGAACGAACAACAACGACGAAAAAACCAAUCCGAUACUGCGAUAACAGUACAGAACCAAAAGCUGUCACUAAUUCCGACGGACAAAUUAUUUUACUCAUUUUGCCGCAACGACCAGGAACAACUCCUCGCCCUAUAACUGGACCAAAUCGACAAACGAUAAAAUUCAUUGAAAGUCGUCCAGGAACCACGCCUGGAACGGUUACGAACAGUAAAGGAGAUAUAAUACAAAUUAUAUUACCGAGACAUAGCUACACAGGAACAACAAGUACAACAUUAAAUGAUAGUUCAUUAAUCUUUGAAAAAACAACAACUAGCCGACUAGACUUUAUACGACAAGUUGUUAUUCAUGGUACUACUCCAAACAUGAUAAAGGGUCCAGAUGGUAAAGAUAUUGGAAUAAUAUAUUGCAAGCGUGUAGGAUAUACUUAUACAACAUCAUAUUCUACUGGAAUAUUGGGAAGUGGGGAAACUACACAUUUUGGGCACACUGAAGCUCCACCCCCACCAACAGAAAGAACGACCACAACAACAAAAUUACCGUCUUCAAUAACCAUGGAACAGACGACAACAACGACUACAGCCAAACCAUUUGACAAAAGCUGUCACUAA